GGCAGCCAGCCCCAGCCCCGCCCUUGCCGCCCAGCACUUGAUUCCGUGCGCCAUCUGCAACUCCCUGGCGCUGAACCGCGCGGGGCCGCCCUUGUCGAGCCAGGUGGACACCGCGGCCGCCCGGGGCGCCCCCUCGACGGCCAGUGCCGCCGCCACCAGCAUCACCACCACGUCGCCCGCGCCGGCCUACACCCGGAGCCUGAUGGACCUCAGCCGCCCCGGGGACCAGGUCGCCGCGCGGAGUCUCACGUUCUCCGGGAGUCUGGAUCGCGCCACGCAGCGCCCCCAGCAGCAGCGGCCCUACGGGCGGCGCUGCAAGAGCACGGCGCACAUCAUUCUGCAAAACAAUGAGUUGCAGGUGCCGCGGGAGUCGCGCCCGCACGAAUUCCACUCAACUCUGCGGGAGGAGGACGCCCCUGGCCAGCGAAACCAGAUGAUGGAAGUUCCCGACGAGGAGCCCCUGGGACGCCCCGGGCCCGAGGGGCGUGGCAGGGCGCGGCACAGGGGAGUGGCCGAGCCGCCCUACACGGCGGUAGGGUCCGGCCCUUCGGGGGGCUGGGAGCGCGGCCACGCCGGAGACCAGGAGGCGAGAGGACGCUACUUCGAGCCGAGUGUGCACUACACCCAUGCCUUCCCCCCGCCCUGCUGCCCCUGCCAGCACUGCUCUGCCCUCUACUCCAUCGUGUCCACGCUAACGCAUGACCGACCCUGUCCAGUCUGCCCGCACCACCACCACCAUCAUCACCAUCACCAUCACCCGUCAUGUUCACCUCAUGUUCACCCUCAUCAUACUCAGGGACCUCCAGAUUACCCGCCGCCCGGCCCCGUGGGCGCCGAGGAGCCUCGUGCGCCGCCUGCGAAGUCUCCCACGACGCGCACCUUCAACUCCCACCGCUGCUACGAGGACGACUUGCGACGGCCUGAGCGCCCCGCGAAGAGCCAGCCCACCAACCUCGCCCCCGCCCUCGUGCCGCAGCCCAAGUCCCGCACACCUUCGCCCAAGCCCAAGGGGCGGCCCGCCUCCCCCGCCAGGUCUCCGGCCAGGUCGCUGUCACCGGUGGAUCGUCGGGCAGCGGCGGCGGAGGAGCAGCACCCGCGGACCACGCCCAUUCUGCCGCGGCGGGUUCCGAGGAUGGGCGCUGCAGCUGCCGCGGCCGCAGCGGCAUCGAGCACCCACGCGACUGGACAGGUACAUAUGGGAGACGCAAGUGAGACUCCCGGAGAAGCUGUUGCCUUGUGUCGUUCAUGUCCGCCUCUCCCUUCAUGUGCAGCCAUCAGCGAGACCGGCUUAUUGGCAGCUUAAUCCCAUUGUAAUUUUUGUAUAUAUAAUUUUUCACCUGAUCUCAUCUUAUUGAAACUUUGUAAAUAAAAAAAGAUAAUGUCAACUUAA